AUGGAAUGUCGCCGGUCAGCAUGUAGGAGUGUGGCUGACACGAACUUCCACAUCCACAGGUCGAAACGGGCCUCCGCUUCGCCUUCUCCGCUUCCAAUCCCUAAAUCGACCCAAGAAAAUCCUGCACCCUUGCCCCUCCUUCCACCUCUACGCCAGAAAUCUUAAUUGGCUUAUAAAUGGCGGCAGCUCUGACCCGUCUUUCUCGCAAAGCCCUAGGCUGUGCCCUGGUUAAUGGUGGUGCCCCGAUCCGCCGACUUCUCUCCGCGGAAGCAGCGGUGGCCGCGGCGUCGCCAUCAUUCUCUGAUGUUAAUCCUUCGCCGGAUGACCGAGUGAAGUGGGACUAUCGCGGGCAACGGCGGAUCAUCCCUCUUGGGCAGUGGCUACCUAAGAUCGCCGUGGAUGCUUACGUGGCCCCUAACGUGGUGCUUGCGGGUCAGGUCACCGUCUGCGAUGGUUCCUCCGUCUGGAACGGUUCCGUUCUCCGCGGCGACCUUAACAAGAUCACCGUCGGCUUCUGUUCUAACGUUCAGGAGCGCUGCGUCGUCCACGCCGCUUGGUCCUCUCCUACAGGAAAACUUAAGAAUUGUGCUGAUGGUUAGAGAGAAGUGAAGGCACUGAUUAAUAGUUAUUGAUAUGAAGUCUACUCAAAUAUAUUAGAAACAUGACUGCUACCUUAUUUGAUUUUGAGAUUUCGAACUUAUAAG